AGGAGAUCUAACUGCCCUUCCAGCUUGCGUCACUGCCUCAGAGAGAGGAGAGCGAACUGAAGAGAGCGAAGCAGUUCAGAGGGAAGGACCGGUGCGAGACAGGCAGCCCUUGAGGCUCUGCUCGCCCACCUUCCACUCUUCUCUCCCUCUCUCCCUCUCUCUUUGCCAUUUCUUUCCUCUCCCAAAUCUCGCAUUCAGCCAAAGGAAGGAGGUAAGGGAAGCACCUCCCACCUCCAAAAAAAAAUAAUAAUAAAAUUUUACAGUCGGGACCGAGUGGUGACCGGCUAGCUAUGGAGCUGCUGUGCUGUGAGGUGGACCCGGUCCGCAGGGCCGUGCCGGACCGCAACCUGCUGGAAGACCGCGUCCUGCAGAACCUGUUGACUAUCGAGGAGCGCUACCUCCCGCAGUGUUCCUAUUUCAAGUGCGUGCAGAAGGACAUCCAGCCGUACAUGCGCAGGAUGGUGGCUACCUGGAUGCUAGAGGUCUGUGAGGAACAGAAGUGUGAAGAAGAGGUCUUUCCUCUGGCCAUGAAUUACCUGGACCGUUUCUUGGCUGGAGUCCCGACUCCUAAGACCCAUCUCCAGCUCCUGGGCGCUGUGUGCAUGUUCCUAGCUUCCAAGCUGAAAGAGACCAUCCCGCUGACUGCCGAAAAGCUGUGUAUUUACACCGACAAUUCUGUGAAACCCCAGGAGCUGCUGGAGUGGGAACUGGUGGUGCUGGGUAAGCUGAAGUGGAACCUGGCUGCAGUCACCCCUCACGACUUCAUUGAGCACAUCCUCCGCAAGCUGCCCCAGCAGAAGGAGAAGCUGUCCCUGAUCCGCAAGCAUGCGCAGACCUUCAUCGCUCUGUGUGCUACGGACUUCAAGUUUGCCAUGUACCCGCCAUCGAUGAUCGCAACUGGAAGCGUGGGAGCAGCCAUCUGCGGGCUUCAGCAGGACGAGGAAGUGAAUGCACUCACGUGCGAUGCCCUGACGGAGCUGCUGGCCAAGAUCACCCACACCGAUGUGGAUUGCCUCAAAGCCUGCCAGGAGCAAAUCGAGGCCGUGCUGCUUAACAGCCUUCAGCAGUUCCGUCAAGAGCAGCACAACGGCUCCAAGUCUGUGGAAGAUCCGGACCAAGCCACCACCCCUACAGACGUGCGGGAUGUUGACCUGUGAGGAAGCCAUUCGGGCGGCAAGAGAGAGGCGUGUUCGUCAUCUGCUAGCCCCUUCUCUCUCUCUCUCUAGUUAUGUCUUGUUCUUUUGUGUUUUAGGAUGAAAGUUCAAAAACAAAAAACAAAAAAAAAACAAAAAAAACAAAAACAAAAUCUACCCCCACCUAGAUCGUAUUUAAAGGUCUUUUAGAAGUGAGAGGGAAAGGCCAUAUAGUUGAGGCGCAUGUGGUACCUGUUCAAAGUCCAGCAGAAGGGGAUCCCUUGUAUAUGCGAACCGUUAUCAUGUGAUGAUGUAAGAGUUCUAGUGAGAUGCUUACAGGAGAGCCCUCAGACUAGCUAGAGAACGUGUAUACCUGCAGUAUGGCAACGAAUUAGAGGAGACUGUCUCUUGUGCUUGGGAACUAGUGCAUAUGCCCCCUUUAGUAGAAUUGCAAGAAACCAUGGAUGCCGGUGCGGCAUGAGUAGUUUGCAAAGCAGUGAACCCAAGAAGGAAUCAGAAAUGAGAAGGGACAUGCUGGGGAGGUUACGCAGAACCACCCAACCACACGACUGAACCAUUUUGGAUGUAAGAAGCGUCCUGAUGCCUCACCACGUGUUCCCAAGACUGAGCGUGGUGGGGUCUCUACGUUGCCUACUCCUGCUGACUACAGUAGCUGCUACCUAAGGGAUAUGUCUUUUGCCAAUUGGACGCAGGUGAUUGGCUCCUAAGUCUCAUGUUUGGUGAAUUUGGGCGUCUUCUUCCAAACAUGGUUCAUUGUAGACUAUCCCACUGUUAUCUGAUGGAGGGAAUUAGCUAUGGGCCGUGACAAAAAAACUCAUCUAAUGGGGGCAGAUGGAGACCACAGAUGGAAUCUUGAAAACAAAGCUUCUAUGUAACCGGAAGAGGGUGAGGUGAUCUUUUAUCCCUUAUUAAGAAGAAGAAGAAGAAGAAAAAAAAAACUCUUAAUUUUUGGUGCUGAUUGGUGCGUCUGGUCCACAGUUUAAUGUUGUUAUAAACCAUUCCACUAGAAAAGCACUUUGAAAAUUUUGGGGGAGGGUAGAGUGGGAUAUGGGAUGGUUUAUGCAAAUCAUGUUGAAUAUGCCUUCCUUCUUUGCCCCUCCCCUUCCUGACCUCUUCCGGUUACUAUUCAUUUCUGGAGUCUGAUUUUCUGGUACCCAGCUCUGGUGUUCCUGCCAGGACUGAGAGAGCCCUCUGCUGAUAUUCUCAUCCCAGCAUUCCUCGGAAAAGCCUGUAAACAAAGGUCUAAACCAUUCUGAUGGCUUAGAAGGAUUGAAUCCCCGUCUAUGUUUGUCUCCUUUGGACAUAGAAAGAAAAGUUACUUCUGGUGCAAAGGCUAAACAUCAGGGUGUGGCAUUUUGGUCCCUUUUCCGUUUCGUUUGUUUGUUUGUUCGUUAAUUUUAGUGCAAAGUUGUAUUCAUUGUACUUGAAGACCUCCUCUCCCACUUCUUUGAGACAGUCAGUAAACAGAAGUUGGAGCUGCAGUUGGGUUUUUUCUGUUUUUUGUUUUUGUUUUUGUUUGUUGGUUUUUUUUUUUGCACAAUUAUAAUUGACAGGUAAUGAAGCUACUUGUUAAAAUAUCUGCCUUUUUUUUUUUAAGAGAAAAGAUCAGAACAGGGCUGCUUUGAAAAAUUAUCGUACACAGGUUCUGCCUUGUUUCACAGUAUGAGGGUUAAAGAUGGAGAACUAUCUAAGGGUCUCUUACCUUUUCGUUUUCUUUUUGUUCUGUUUAUUAUUAUUUUUCGCUGCUAAGAAGCUAAGAUCGUUCAUCCCCAUUCACAUUAACAGUGCCUAGCUGUAAUGUUUCACGGUGUGCUGCUAUCUUAGAAACACUGUUAUAAUAUGUUAUUUUACUGCUUAAAUUUCAAGUCCCGAAGUAGAUGGUUGAGAAAUGAGUUCUUUGUACUGGAAAACGCUUUUCCUCUCCUGGUCUUCUGGGUCGCGUCUUGUUUGGUUUCGUUUUAUUCCUUUUCUUUCGUGCUUCUUCAUUUCCAGGUUUUCUUUCCUCCUCUGAUCACAUUCUUCAAAGAGAGUUUCUUUACCUCAGGUUUACUGGACAGAGAA